AUGUGGAGAAGCGUAUGUAACCGAGCUUCUGUCAAGAAGCUGAAAUCAUUCGCCGAUAAAUCUAAUUUUAGAGAUACCCACUUGUUUGAAAAACCUAGACAGUUAGAGCUUCACCCUUAUCGACAUCCUUCGUAUGGAGAGCGGGGUUUCCGGCGAAUCAACGUCUUGGGUGAUUCCGGUUUCACAAAUUUAGGGGUUUCUUUCGGUUUAUUACAUCGGUCUUAUAAGGGCUAUGCCAGUUCCGCCGCAGCGGAGGAGAUUGUUUCGACAGAAGAAGAAGACAGCGAUGAAAUUCGUGAAAUGCCGAGAUUAGUCAACGGAAUUGGGCAAGGGAAGUACAUUGCACUCAGGAGACGCCAGAUAAAGAUAGAGACAGAAGCAUGGGAGAACGCAGCAAAAGAGUAUCAGGAACUUUUAGUCGACAUGUGUGAACAGAAACUCGCUCCCAAUCUGCCUUACGUGAAAUCCUUAUUUCUUGGUUGGUUUGAGCCAUUGAAGAACGCCAUUGCUUCAGAGCAGGAUUUAUGUAGGGAAGGUAGGAAUCGAGGAGCUUAUGCUCCACAAUUCGACCAGUUACCUGCUGAUAUGAUGACGAUAAUUACAAUGCACAAGCUAAUGGGUCUGUUGAUGACUGGCGGAGGUCAGGGUGGCGCUAGGGUGGUCCAGGCAGCUCUACAUAUCGGUGAAGCUGUUGAACACGAGGCGAGAAUACACAGAUUCAUGGAGAAAUCCAAACGAAAGGCUUCAUUAAAUGAGAGCCCUGAUGAUGAUUCAGAAGCUGUAAACAACGAGCAACAAUUACAGAAAUUGAGGAAGAAAGUAACCAAUUUAGUUAAAAAGAAAAAGCUUCAGCAAGUAAGGCACAUAGUGAAACAACAAGACCAGUUGAAGCCAUGGGGUCAGGAUGCUCAAGUUAAGGUUGGUUCUCGUUUAAUCCAGUUGUUAAUGGAGACUGCUUAUAUACAACCUCCUGUUGACCAAUGUGAAGACUGUCCUCCUGAUAUUAGGCCUGCAUUUGUACACACUCUUAAAACUGUGGAAACACCGAGAGGAAGCAGAAGAUAUGGAGUUAUUGAAUGUGAUCCUCUUGUUCGAAAAGGACUCGAGAAAAGUGCUAUGCACAUGGUGAUUCCAUAUAUGCCAAUGCUUCUUCCUCCAGUGAAUUGGACUGGAUACAACAGAGGAGCCUACUUGUUUCUACCAUCCUAUAUAAUGCGCACACAUGGAGCUAAACAACAACGUGAUGUUGUUAAAAAAACACCAAAGAAGCAAUUGGAACCUGUUUUUGGGGCACUUAAUACACUUGGUGCCACAAAAUGGAGGGUAAAUAGGAAAGUUCUUGGUGUUAUAGAUAGAAUUUGGGCUAGUGGAGGACGUCUAGCUGACUUAGUUGAUCGUGAUGAUGUUCCUCUACCCGAAGAGCCAGACACAGAUGAUGAAAUUGAAAUUAAAAAAUGGAAAUGGAAAGUUAAAACCACUAAAAAAGAAAACCGAGAAAGGCAUUCACAGAGGUGUGAUAUUGAAUUGAAAUUAGCCGUUGCUAGAAAAAUGAAGGAUGAGGAAGCUUUUUACUACCCCCACAAUCUUGAUUUUCGUGGUCGUGCAUAUCCUAUGCACCCUUAUUUAAAUCAUUUGGGCUCUGAUUUAUGUCGAGGUGUUCUUGAGUUUGCUGAUGGUCGACCUCUUGGAGAAUCUGGCUUACGAUGGUUGAAGAUACAUCUAGCGAAUGUAUAUGGUGGUGGUGUGGAUAAGUUGUCCCACGAGGGUCGAAUGAUGUUUGCAGAGAAACAUUUGGAUGAAAUAUUUGAUUCUUCAGAUCGACCUCUUGAAGGAAAGAGAUGGUGGUUGGGUGCAGAAGACCCUUUUCAAUGCCUGGCUACAUGCAUGAAUCUUUCCGAAGCUCUAAGAAGUUCUUCCCCUGAAACCGCCAUUUCCCACAUACCUAUCCACCAGGAUGGUUCGUGUAAUGGUUUACAACAUUAUGCUGCACUUGGAAGAGACAGGUUGGGAGCAGCUGCUGUUAAUCUUGUUGAAGGAGAAAAGCCAGCUGAUGUCUACUCUGGGAUUGCUUCCAGAGUGAUUGAGAUUAUGAAGAGAGAUGCACAAGGAGACCCCACUACCGAUCCAAAUGCCAAACAUGCACGUAUGUUAGUUGACCAGGUGGACAGAAAGUUAGUUAAGCAAACAGUGAUGACAUCAGUGUAUGGUGUGACAUAUAUUGGUGCUCGUGAUCAAAUUAAAAGAAGAUUAAAGGAACGUUGUUCCAUUGAAGAUGAUGCUGAGUUGUUUGCUGCUGCUUGUUAUGCUGCAAAAACAACUUUAACUGCUUUGGGGGAAAUGUUUGAAUCUGCAAGAAGUAUUAUGAGUUGGCUUGGUGAUUGUGCAAAGGUUAUAGCAGUGAAAAACAAUCCAGUACAAUGGACAACUCCUCUUGGACUUCCUGUUGUUCAACCAUACCGCAAGUUAGGAAGGCAUCUUAUUAAGACAUCUCUUCAAGUUUUGACACUACAACGAGAAACCGAUAAGGUGAUGGUGAAAAGACAAAGAACAGCCUUUCCUCCUAACUUUGUCCACUCUCUUGAUGGGUCCCACAUGAUGAUGACAGCCAUUGCUUGUAAAGAGGCUGGCUUAAGUUUUUGCAGGAGUGCAUGAUUCGUUUUGGACACAUGCUUGUGAUGUUGAUCAGAUGAACAAGAUUCUUAGAGAAAAAUUCGUUGAACUUUACGAGGCACCAAUCCUAGAAAAUCUGUUGGAGAGUUUUCAGAAGUCGUUUCCAAAUAUGGAAUUUCCUCCAUUGCCAGAAAGAGGAGAUUUUGACCUAAAAGAGGUUUUGAAGUCUCCAUAUUUCUUCAAUUAAGAAGACUAACAAACAAAACAAAACAAAAACAAAUCACAUUCUUUAUGGCUCUUUCUCUACAAAUUUGUUGGUUUAAUCGGCUUUUGGAGUGGCAACAAGAAGAGCACAAUGUUCAUCUUUUUUUAUAAGCCUUUUGGAGCUCUAUUACAAAUGCAUCCAUCCAUACAUACACACAUCUGUAAAUUUGAUGACAUCAUGUGGGAUUUAUGGAAUGAAGCAAUGAAUCACUUGAGGAUUGAAGAAGAAGGCUUGAAAUACAAGUGAAGAUGAAAGGGUAAAUGAGUAAAUGAUGGGUGCAUUCAGGCCUUAUUUUGUAAAACUAAUUCAUACACAAUAUUUAUUUGUUAGGAGUUCAUUAAUUAAGUGGUAUGUGGGAAUAAGGAGAUAGGAGAGUAUAGUGUUUGGAAGGUGAAUCCUUCUUUCAAAGCAAUUGUUCUAACUUGUUAUAUUUAUUGACUUUUAGGUUGUAUUUUGCUCUGGGAAGAGUUGACUUUUUUCCUAAUUAUAGAAAGAAUGCCUUUUGGGCAUUUCUAAUAUAUUCCAACUUUCAUCAAGUAAAAUGUGGCAAGACUUAUGAGAUAACAUUGUGAUUUAU